AUGUUUUUAAUAAAGAAAAGAUACAUAUGUUUUUAUAAUUCUAUUUGUAAAUCAAAUAUUUUAAGUAAAACAUUUCACAAUGGGAAAAGUACUGGUAUGUCCCAAAGGAGCCAUUUUUCAAGUAAGAGCUUCUACGACAUACUGAAUGUGAAAAAGGGGAGCAGCAAAAAUGAAAUCAAGCAAGCGUACCGAAAACUAGCCUUGAUGUAUCACCCAGAUCGAAACCCGAAUAAUAGAAAAGAGUCUGAGCAAAAGUUUCGAGAAAUUACAGAAGCAUAUGAAACAUUGAGUGAUGAUAAUAAAAAAAAAAUAUAUGACAGUCAAUUAAAUAAUGGGUUUUAUUCAGACAACUUUAACAGUAACUAUUCAACCAGUUCAAACAAUAAUGUUAAUUAUAAUUUUCAAACAAGGAAAAUGACUGACGAAGAAAUUGAAAACGUUUUCAAAAAUGUUUUCGGAACUAUGAACUUAAAUGAUAUUUUUAAGUCGAACAUUUUCAAUGAGAGCAAUAUUAGGACGAGGACCAUGGGAAGUAGCAUUUUUAGCAAUUUCGGAUCAGCCGGAUCCUACGAAAACAGCAGCAACAAUAUUAAACAAACUAAUAUAAAAACUGAAAUUAUACCAAGAGGGAAUAAAAUAAUUGAAAAGACGACUAAAAUUAUUACUUACAAAGAUGGGCAUGUGCAGCAAGAAAUAAUAGAGAGAGAAAUAAAUAAUAAUAGUAAAGACUUUGAAGACUUCUUUGAUGUUGACUUUUUUUUAAAAAAUAAUAUACAUAAUAUGAAUAAUGAUUUGCACAUGAAAAAGUUUAAUAGAAAUUUGAAAGAUUAUAAACAAAAUAAUAUAACAAAACAAAUUUUAAAUUACGUUCAUGGAAUUCUUUCUAUUGCAACUAGAAGAAUCCUAGUCAAUUUUGUCGUCCAUGUGAUGCGAAAAGCGAUACAAACCAUCCUAUAUAUGCUACGAAAAAAAUGA